AAAUCGUCUUUGACAAAGCAUUUGAUCAUUACUAUAAUGAUUCAAAUAACUUUGAUUUUGUCAAACCAUUUAUUUUAUCACCAAGAUUUUAUUAUUGGGCACUGAUGAAAUUUGGUACAGAUGCACAAAUAACAACUCGUUGUUUUGAAAGUAUCUUUUUAAUUCGUGUUAGUAUUGAUCAGCAACUUAAACUUACUCCUAAUCUCAACAUUCCUAUUGGCAUGAGUCAAUAUUUAUUUAAAGAAGCGUGUAACAUUUUUAAGGUUUAUUGUAACGCCAAAAACUUUUUUCAGCCUUCUCAUUUGGAAUUAAUUUCACAAUGCUUCAGCGUAGAAAUCCUUGGAACA